AUGCUUCGAUAUCGAUAUCUAAUUUAUAUUCCCCCCCUGCCUCCUCAGGCGGUGGAGCGGGUGGGGGGGAAGCUUUUCAAGAAGUCACAAGGAGGGCCGAGAGCUAAGAUUUGGUCCAGAACCAACCCCAACAGGAAGGUCUCUUAUUUGCUCCUUGUACUCCUUGGCUUUGCAUUUUUAACAGUGGUUCCAGAGGAGCAGCCCGUCCUGUGGAAACGGGGACCGACGGAGCAGACGAAUUCACGGGCCGGGAACCUGCCCCCUAUCAAGGAAGGUCCUCCCCCUCAGCGGUCCUUUACCACCCGCCCCCCCAAGGCUCCUGCAACAUCUGGGGGGCGACCGCUGAGGAAUCCGAGGGAGAAAAGUGGCACCAAAACUCCGAAGGAGGAGCUCCCGCACAAAUCUCCCCAGCGUCAGACCACCAAUGCAGAACUCUGCAGGCAGCUGGAGGAGAGCCACAGGAGAAUCGAAACUUUGGAACAACAGUUGCAGUUGGAGAAAGACGAGUAUAAGAGCCUCCUCUGCAGAGUUCUGCAGCACGCUGGGGAGAAAAGGGAGCUCCUCACGGAGAUUAAAACCCUCCAAGAACAGCUGGAGAGGAAUUCAAAAACAUUUCAACAAAUGGCGGAGGAGCGAGUUCAAUUAAAAAAAGAAAAUCAAGAAUUAAAAUUGAAGAACUGGAAGUUGAGCGAGGAGAAGGCGACCAUCCUGCGGAAUUUCAGGGAGAGGCUGAGGAGAGGCAGAGACUGAAGAGGGUGGAAGAUCAGGAAGAUCCUCUUCCUCCCCCUCCCCCUCCCCCCUUCCUUUCCCU